GUCGUGACAAAUCAGAGGGUUGAGGUGGUUACAUGACUACAGAUGCUACGCAAAUGCAUGUCAUUACUCUUUCUCUUCUUUGUCUGUUGGAGCUCGUCAUCUUCAACUCUCGUGGCUCAAACGCCUCCAAUGGGCUGGAACUCUUGGAAUCAUUUCCACUGCGGGCUUAACGAGACGAUUAUCCGGGAAGUUGCAGACGCAAUAGCAAGUAGUGGACUGAAGGAUGCCGGAUAUACUUACAUCAAUCUGGAUGAUUGUUGGCAGAUCAAUCGUACUUCGGCUGGUGUUAUUAUUCCGGAUCCCAGCAAGUUUCCUAGCGGACUUCCUACUUUGAUCAAUUAUGUCAAGAGCAAGGGAUUCAAAUUUGGAUUGUACACUGAUCGAGGACUAAAGACGUGUGCCGGGCGGCCAGGAGCUUACGGACAUGAAGAAAUUGAUGCCAACACAUAUGCAUCUUGGGGUGUUGAAUACUUGAAAAACGAUGAUUGCAACAUUCCUCCAGGAGGCGAUGCAGACAAAGAUUACGGUCGUAUGUCGUACUAUCUCAACAAGACAGGAAAAGCAUUUGUUCACAGCGUAAAAGGAUCAGAACCAAUUGAACGAGCAUACAACGUAUCAAACAUGAGAAGAGUUGGACACGAUAUCAGGGAUAAUUUUGACUCAAUGAUGUCUCUUGUGGAGCAGUCACAUCAACAGGGCCUGGCCAAGUAUGCUCAUCCGGGAUUCUGGAACGAUCUCGAUAUGAUGGAGAUUGGAAAUGGUAACAUGACCUCUACAGAGUACAAAGCUCACAUGUCACUGUGGUGUCUCUUGAAAGCACCUCUCAUUAUGGGCCACGACCCACGCAAUAUGACUAACGAUACAGUAAUGAUAUUGACCAAUAAGGAGGUGAUUGCUAUCAACCAGGACCCUCUCGGAGUUCAAGGGACGAAGAGAGCUAGUUACAAUGUAAACAUCACAACAACUGUUGGACCGGUGGUUGCAGUUCAGUGUAAUGCAUCCGUUCAAAGUCAGCAUUGGGCUUUCAACCAUUCUACAGGUGUGAUCAAAGACGUUGGUACUGGAACAUGUUUGGAUGCAGGUUCUGGACAUGGUCAGGUCUACUUGAAAACAUGUGACAAUUCUGUUCAACAAAUGUGGUCAUUUAAAGACGACCAUUCAGUACGGGCCAAGAGUUCGUCGGGUCGUUGUCUUGAUGUGUACAACUUCUCAGGUCCUGUCGUUCAACUGUUUUCAUGCAAGAGUGCAGGUGGAAAGGCUAGCAAUCAGCACUUCUCGUUUCUGCCUGAUGGCACGUUUCGUCCGAAUAUCUCUAAUCUUUGUUUGGAUGUUCAAUCUCUUGGGAUGAUUGAGAUAUGGGCAGGUCCGUUGCAGAAUAACAGCUAUGUUGCUGUGUUGUUGAACAAGGACACAGAGUCACAUGAUAUACAACUGAAGUGGUCUGAUAUCGGAUUAGAAGUGUCUGCUUCAUACGCAGUUCGAGAUCUGUGGCAGCAUAAAGAUAUGGGAGGCUUCAAGGGUAUGCUUGAAGUCUCCAACGUGGAGAGUCACGGUGUUGCAAUGUUCAAGUUGACUCCACAAAGUUUGUAAUCAAAUGGUGUGUUGCUGACGUGCGCUAAGUUGCAAACAACUGAAUCACACACGUUACCUAUAGCUACUUUGUAUGGGUUGGAGCAUUCAAUCACCUUUUCUCAAAGCUUUUUUGUAAGAGGACAAACUUGGUUGAGUUCAAAUAUGUACCCAUAACAAAAUAUAUUGCACAAAGUAUAUAUGGAUUUAAUUUAAUUGUAAAACACACGCCCACCAGCCAAAGGUGCGCGCUCCUGUCA